AUAGACAAGGCUUGGGCGAGACACCAUGUUCCCAGCAUUUCUUGAGCACAGGUCACUAUUCUGCAGAGUGCGCUCCACACUUUUGAGAACUGAGCUGAAUAGAGAGGUGUUCAUAGAUGGAUCCAGGGGGCUUUGAAGACUGGUUGGCUGACAUGACUAAAUUUGAGCCAGAUCUUUUCCAAAGCUGGAUUUCUGAAUGAAAUACAGAGUGGACAAAGGCAAAUGGAUUAAUCACAUAAUGUUUUGUCUUUGUUAAUCUAGUGGGUGUUUGACUGUUAUCACUAUUCUACGCACCAAUCAGUUUUGGAUUGAGGAGAAAGUUAUUCUGCGUCAGGAGUUUGACCAAAAGAGACAUGUCCAAUGACACCUGCAACCUCCCACUGGAAACAGACACCUUUGGUCUGACCUGUAUUUAUGGUGUUAUCUUCUCUUUGGGUCUCCCCAGCAAUCUGCUUUCCCUCUGGGGUUUGUACCACCUUGGUCGCUCAGGUGGGGGAGGCUGUCAGCUGGUAUACAUCCUCAACUUGUUGCUGUCAGACCUCCUCCAGCUCCUCACCUUACCGUUGUGGAUCCUUUAUCUUCAACUUAAACACAGCUGGCCCUAUGGCCAGCUGACCUGCGAGCUGGUGGGCUAUGUGUUUUACGUUAACGUAUAUGCCAGCGUCAUGUUUCUUUGCCUGAUAGCAAUGGACCGCUGCCUGGCCAUCGUUUACCCACUCAGCAGCCGGGGGAUACGCACUGUCAGGGUGGCAGCUGUAUCGGGAGUAGCUGUGUGGACCCUAACCUUCCUGUUUUGCCUAAGUGGACUGCUGCCGUCGGUGUUUGACUCUGACAGACUGCUCUGUCUCGAGCAGUACCCCGUCAGCCCCAGAUAUGCUCACUUUAAGAUCAUCACCGUGGUGCUUGGUUUCCUGCUGCCAUGUGCCAUUCUAGGCUACACCUCAGCCCACAUCGGUGUGACCCUUCGACGUUCUCCUUCUCUUUCUGACCAUGAGCGGCACAAAAUAGUUGGAAUCCUGGUUGUAAUAACUGUCAACUUUAUCGUUGUCUUUGGACCUUACCACCUUGUGGGGGGAUACAGGUUUGUGUCGUUGCUGCACACGGAUGAGCCAUGUGGAUUUGAGCGUUCCAUUUUCCUCAUCUAUCGCCUGUGCUACGGUCUGACCAGCCUCAACACCCUGUUGGACCCCCUCUUUUACAUCUUCCUCUGCCCUGAUGCUCGACUAGAGCUGCAAAGGUCUCUGCCCUGUUUGGGAAGAGGGCUUAACAACCACAAAAACAUGACCAUGAGCACUAGAUAUCAUCUUGACACCCAGGAAGAGGGCGAAAACAACUAAACAACUGUCUGGCUGUUUAAAAUGGAUUUGAUGAUAACGCUUAUUGCUCCAGCAAACUCAGAACAAUUGUGCCAUCAUGUGGAAAUGCAUGUGCUUGUUUUUGCAGCAUGAAUAUUCAGCAUGAAGUUUCUGCAUCAUAUAUUGAAAAACUCUGCUUUCAGGUUUUCACAGAACAGUUUGUACAAAUCUUAAAGUACAGAGACUUUAACUUGUGCAACGCAAUUCCAGUCCAUUAUUUUAAAUUUACUGAUUCUGCAUGCUCACAUUGUGGCAUUAACAGCACACACGGACAAAAAGAAUUACACCAGAAAAUCAUUAAAUCAUCUACUGACCACAUUUGUGUGUUUUGAGUUUCAUAAGAGUGUAAAAAUAAACUACUGUGAAUAAGC